CGGGGAGAGGGGGGGGGGACGAGCGGGAAAGCUCUCGAGCGCGCGCGAGAGACAGAGACAGAGAGAGAGACGGAGAGGAGAGACGGAGGUUUUAUCUCUUAUUUUGUUUGCGACAUUGUGGAUUAUUUUUUUUUUAACAUAUGAUUUAACGGGGGAGGGGGAGGGGGAGAAAUGGCGAGAGAAAGUACCAUGAAGCUGUCGAAAAACCUGCUCAAAAUGAAGUUUAUGCAGAGAAGUUUGGAUACAGAGACUAAGAAGCAGUUGGAAGAGGAAGAAAAAAAGAUAAUUAAUGCCGAACACUGGUAUCUGGAUUUACCAGAAUUGAAAGAACAUGAGAGCCAUAUUAUAGAAGAAAAGAGCUUUGUGCCAUGUGAAAACUUGCUGUUUGGCAGAAUGUCCUUUAAAGGUUUUAAUCCAGAAAUAGAGAAAUUGGUUUCACAAAUGUAUUCCGAAGAUGGAAAGGAAGAAGCUGAAGAGGAAACGAUAGAGGCGGAUGUUUCAGAUUUAGAAAUGGCUAGAAGGUAUGGAAGCUUAGUAGGGACUAUUAAAAAUAAGUUUACCAAAAAGAGAGAUCGAUCAUCAGCUAUUGAAAAUGAAGAAACGGAAGAAAGCUCCAGAGGUGGUAAAAUCAAGAAAACAUUCAUGAAGCCUGCGGAAUAGAGAAUGCAGAUGCUUUUAAUUAUUUUCAGAUCUAAAGCAACAAACCUCCUGUCUGAAUCCCUGACACAGUUGUCUGUUUAUUAAAAAUAUGGAAUUUAUUUUGUUACUAAAUAAGGAAUAUUUUGUUGUGAUGAAAAUACUUGUGGAUACAGAACAUUUCUUCUGUCCCCUUUGUAUUGAUGUGUAUUGGUCAUUCACCCGUCACACCCACAGCUGGUUAAAAUUAAUGUCAGCUUGAACUGAAAUCAGUUAACAUGAAACUUUGUAUAUUCAAUCACUGUUAAGAUCAUCACAAUUGUACUAAAGGAAAAAAAGUUGUUCUUAAAAGGAAGUUUAUCUCCAGGACAUCUCCGUAUUCGAGAACCUAAUAUCAGACAUAAUACUUUUAAUGGAAUUCAGAUGUAAAAAGAUUUGGCAUGUUUCCCUCCCACACACCCUUUGUUAAUGAUGGUGUACUGGUAUUAUACUCCAAGGUUCAUAAACCUCACAGCUCAAAGUAUAUACUUUGCAGUUUGUGUUGAAACAUAAUGAUAGUAAUUAAAAACUGAAAUAAUUGAUUGGAAGUGGAUCUCCAAGGAGAUGAUCUUUAAAGAAUGAAACCUAUUGGGGAUGUAGAAUGAGCGUAAAAGGUUACUAGAUAGAACUCUGGUAAACUGUCCCAGGUCAAAAAGUUCACAAGCAACCCAAAACUGGUCCUUAAACUGUUAAAAUUAUUCAGGAAACCACUGAGACUGUCGUAACAGUUUUCUAUCACAUGUUUAGUUAAACCAGAAUUAAUUAUUUUAAAACCAUUAUAGAACCCUCUUGUUCAACUUUCUACGUCGAAUGUUUAGCUAAACGCACACAGAUAAUCUUCCUCAUGAAAGGUCUGUGGAUACAGCAGCCUGCAGGAAUCAAAUGCUACCAUCAAUUCAUUUAAAUUGGCUUUCCCUCUUCUCCCCCGUCCCAAUAAAACCACAAACAAAUAAAAAUUGUGCGAAGAGGAAUAAUUUGUGAAUAAUCAUUCAUGUGAUGGAAAAGAAAAAUGUCACACUUUGUAAAGUUACUGCUAAAUGACCACCUUAGGUUUGUUUUAUUGUGCAUUUUUGGGGGGUCAUUAUUAUGUAUAAUGGAUGUCAUACAUCUUCAAUUUUAUUUGGCAUUUUAAACUGUAGACUUCACAGUCUGAGAAUUAUGCAUCUGUAUGGCACCAAGAGUCUUUGCUUAUGUGUUUUAAUAAUAAGUUGCAGUAAAACUAAGAUGUUUACUA